GCCAGCUAAGACGCUAAAGCCCUCUCCAUCCUAUAAACCCUCCGCCUCCCCCUCCGGCGAGAAGCCGAACCACCUCCAAUGGAGAAAGGAAGCCCUUCUCUGCCAGCGGCGGCUGCUUCGUCCUUCCCGGUCUUCGUCGACACGAGCCUCGAUACUCAUCUCGCCAUGGUCGUGUCCCCCGACGACACCGUCGCCGAUCUCAAGAGGAAGAUAAGGAUAGAGCAUGCUCUUUGCUUUCCAAAUGUCGGAGAGAUCACCAUCCAGGCGAUGAAGGUCAAGCGCAGAUCAUCCUUCUAUCAUUUGUCCGAUUCAAUGCUUGUUAGAAGUGCUUUUGAUGGUAUCAAAGGGACUUGGUUUCUUCGUAUUGAUGCUCCUCCUGUCUCUAUGAUGAAAGGUCAAGCAGGAACUGCAGAAAACGUCAUGAGUGAGAAUGUUGAGGAAGCAGAAAAGCAUGAUCAGCUUCAUGCGGAGCCUAAUGUUGGUCACUUGCUGGGUUGCAGAAAUGAUAAGUUUCAAGGUGUUGUGGAUGAGAAGCAAUCAUUGCUUGAAACUUCUGUGGACAGAUUAGCCAGUCAUGGUAACUCAUCAUUGCCAAAUGCUAGAAUCUGUCAAAUUGAUAGUGUGCAAGGUUCUUCACAUGAUCAGAUUGAUACGGGCGAUGCAAAUGUGGAUGCAUCAAAGGUCAUGAACUUAAGAGAGAAAGUAUUGUCUGAACCUGAUCAUACUCCUGAUGUAACAGACAUGCAUGAAGAACAGGUUUGUAAGGUCAGUGAAGAGGUUGGACCACAAGAAUGGUCCAAAACUAGCCUGGUUGAGUGUCAAGAGGAGAAGGGUGGUGGAGAGGAAGGAUGUGAGAAUCCUGAUGUUGGAGCUAGUGAUGGAGGUGCUUCUAUUGUUGCUACCAAGAAAGGAAAAUCCAGUAAAAGGAGUAAUGUCCCAGUGAACAAUCUCAUUCUGGAUGUAGAUUCAAAACAUCUUUCUCGAGAGAAGAAAAAGCACAAGAAGGAAAAAGAUUUCUCCUUUAAGGAAUCACUUCUUGAGGCUCCUGCAGCACGAAAUAAAUUUGAAAGGCCUGUCCAUGACAAGGAGACAUCAGAGCUGGAAAAUGUCCCUCCAGGAACUAAUUCUCAGGAGAAACAUUUGGCUUUUUCAGUGGAAUUAUCUGGUAAGCUACCCCAAGGUGACUCCUCAUUACCAGAAAAUCUGACUGAUGAUAAAAGGAAAAAGAAAAAGAGAAAAAGGUCAUCCAAGUGUCACAAUGAAGUUGAGUCAGCUGUUCCAUCCAAUAAUGGUGAUACUAGUUUAUCACACUGCAUGGAAGAACCACAUACCAAAAUUGGGCCAUCUGAUAACUCAGUGGAUGUAAGUGGUGAUGUUGUUCCAGUAGGUGAACAAGCUAUUAAAGGUAAUGCUGAGGAGGUAGGCGUGAGCAACUAUGAAAGUCUGACUAAAGAACCUGAUGUUGCAGUCCACAUUGAAGAAGCUACAGAGAAUGUCACUGAAGAGAACCAUGAAGAUCCUCUUGAUCAUAGCCAUAAGGAACAGGGUGAGGAGCCUAAUGUUCUAGAAGGUUCUGCAUCACUUACAAAUCCUGUAGAAGUGGGUCCUGAAGUUCGAACUAACUCGUUUUGCAGCAGGAAAAAGUCCAAGAAUGAAUUACCAAAGAACACAACAAGCAAGUUUGAUCCUUCUUAUCCUUCAGAACAUGUGAAUAAAAAGAAUCCUUAUGAAGCAUCUGGAGACAACUGUAGAGAUCUGCAUGAAGGGUCAGAUGCAGCAACCAUUUUAAACAAAUUUGGGGAUCCUAACAAGGUUGCAAAUUUAGAUAUUGAAGUUCCUUCUGGCACCAAUAGUAGAAGCUCACAUCAUCAGAGGAAAAAGAAUACAAAGAAAGCUGAACUGACCAAUCUGCAACCUAAUAAAAAUGGGAUUGCUCAUCUUUCAGGUGAUCAAGUUACUGAAGAGAACUAUAAAGAGAGAUCAUGCGACCACCAUAGAGAACCUGGUAAAGAAGAUGAGGGAGCAACUAUUCUUAGGGAGGUUGUCACUCUCGAAAAUUCUGCUGUAGAGAAUUCUGGUAUGCUUUCUAAUGUUGGUGGCAGAAAAUCAAAACGUAAAAGCAAAAGAUCAGCAAAAUCCAAAUUUCAAAAUCAUGAGUUCAUCCAACAAGAAUCUGCCAACUCUCUAGGGAAAGAACCUUUGGAAGAGAAGCCCAAAGAAACAUUGGAAACCAACCAUAAAGAUUUGGGUGAAGAAUCUAAGCCAAUGACUGGUCAUGGAGAACCUGCAGUUCUUGGAAGUCCUUCAAAAGUAGAUUUAGUCAUUCAUUCAAAUAACAAUGAUAAAAUCACACGUCACCGCAAGAAAAAGUUAGCCAAAGCAGAACAUUUUUACAACACAUCCAGCAAUCAUGAUCUCUCUGCAGGGGAUCAGAGUACUCGAGAGAAUUUUGAAAAAGCAUUCAGAACUACUAAUGCAGAAUCAGGUAAUACAUCUAAUGCUGUGAUGUUUGCUCAAGAUGCUUUCCAUAAUAUAUCUCCUGGAAAUAUUUCUGAACUAGAUUCAACUGGAUGGUUGAAUGAUUCAUCUAACAAGCGUGAAACUGCCCACCAUUCAGCAAAAACUAUAACAGAAGAUAACAGAAAGGAAUCGUUGGGAAAUACUGAUGAGAAUUCUGUUCAAGUAAAUGAAAAGAUGGAUCUUUCCAAGUCAGGUAGUGGCAACACUAACUUCGAUUCUUUUCUCCCUAAAGUCAUCACACAUGAAUCUGUUCUUUCUGCAACAGAGCUUCCAUUAAAGGAGACUGAAACUGGGAAAUUACAAAAGGAUAAAGGUAAAAGGAAAAGAAAGUUAAACAUGCAUCCACAAGAUUCCGUUGCUGAUAUGGUAAAGCCUUUAAGCUCAAACGAGCAGCACAUGCAUAAAAGUAAAUACCAAGAUGCUGAUCCUGGUAAUCAUAUUCUGACUGAUUCUAUAGCACAGCUCCCAAAAAAGGAAAUUGAAACUAAAACAACACAUGAUGAAAAACCUCGAGAGAGGUCAAGUAAAUCAAAUAUGAAUUUUGGUGAUACGUCUUCUAUUUUGACGCCACCACGAAACUCAGAUGAUGAUAGCAGGCCUGAAAAGAAGCUUCAGGAGUACAAAUCUGAUACUUCUCAUCAGGCAUCCUUGUCAAGAAAUGAGAAAAGCAAGCAUGUGCAUCACCCCAAAGAAAAGACCUCUGCUUCUGGCAGUAAGUUUAAAUCUCAUGACACUGUGCACUCAACAGAUGAAGUCCCAUUACCUGGGAAGAUGAAUGCUGUCAUCAAAGGUGAUGUUGUAGGUGCACCUGCUACUCAGAGUGAUAGUGCUGAUGUUUCUUGUAAGGGCACAGAGGCUGAUCUGGCGGCAUCUAGUGACAGCACCGAAGAUACACCACAUCAAACUAAGCGAUAUAGAGUUGCAGUUAGGAAGGUUCCAAGUAAAAGAUUUGGAAAGGUUCUUAAUCAUUCUAAAGAAGAAAAGCCCUCGUUAGCUACUCCUUGUGCUAUCUUUGAUGAUGCCACAAGUGAAAGUACUGAUGAUAAGUUUGUGAUUAGCAACAGAGGAGAUCAUAUGAAAGCAAUCUCAGAUAAUUCAUCUACAUCUGCCGACUCAGAUGGGGACCUUGAAGAAACAGAGACUACAGGAAUUAAACCUGCUGCAUAUGGUAAAAAAGAUUGUGGACUUGAUGAUGGGGGCAUCGUUUUGUCACAAUCGAAGGCAUCCAAAAAGAAUGUGCCUUUAGGUACGAUCCUGAGAAGUUCAAGCAGCUACAAGAAGGCGAAACUUUUGGCAUCUCAAUCACAAGCUGAGGACUCUGAAAGCCAGCCUGUUGAUAUAGUCCUCGAAACUCAACCUGACUAUACGACUACAUAAAAUGCUUUGCAGUUUGGUGAGUGAAACUACCUUGGACGCCUGGUUUCUGUGGCUCUGCUGGGAAUCAGAGAGUUUUUCGACCAUAAUUUUGUUUUCACCAUGCUUGCUUUUGCACCAACUUUUGACAAGUGGUAAACUACAAGGAUUAGAGCUUGUAUUCAUGUAUUCUGUGAUGUGGGUUGAGGUUUUAAAUUGAUAGCGGUUCAUCUUUUGAAAUUGAUAGUGAUUCAUGUUUUGUUAGUGAA